GGGGCUUGCCUGACGUCACGGGCCCCGCCCCCCGGGGUGGCCUGGCCCGGCUUCGCGGUCGCCUUCCCACUGCCCCGCAGCCGCACCAUGGCUUUCGUGACCAGGCAGUUCGUGCGCUCCGUGUCCUCCUCGUCCUCCGCGUCUGCCACGGCGAAGAAGAUCCUCAUCAAGCACGUGACGGUCAUCGGCGGCGGGCUGAUGGGCGCGGGCAUCGCACAGGUGGCUGCAGCAACUGGCCACACAGUGGUGUUGGUAGACCAAACAGAGGACAUCCUGGCAAAAUCCAAAAAGGGAAUUGAGGAGAGCCUAAGGAGAAUGGCGAAGAAGAAGUUUGCAGAAAACCCUGAGGCUGGCAGUGCAUUUGUGGAGAAGACCCUGAGUAGCCUCUCAACCAGCACAGAUGCAGCUUCCGUUGUCCACAGCACAGACCUGGUGGUGGAGGCCAUUGUGGAGAAUCUGAAAGUGAAGAACGAGCUCUUCCAAAGACUGGACAAGUUCGCCGCAGAACACACCAUCUUUGCCAGCAACACUUCUUCUUUGCAGAUCACAAGUAUAGCCAAUGCUACCACCAGACAAGACCGAUUUGCUGGCCUGCAUUUUUUCAACCCGGUCCCCAUGAUGAAGCUCGUGGAGGUCAUUAAAACACCAAUGACCAGCCAGAAAACAUUUGAAUCUCUGGUCGACUUUUGUAAAACCUUGGGAAAGCAUCCUGUUUCUUGCAAGGACACUCCUGGGUUUAUUGUGAACCGCCUUUUGGUGCCGUACCUCGCAGAAGCCAUCAGGCUACAUGAACGAGGUGAUGCAUCUAAGGAAGACAUUGACAUGGCAAUGAAGUUGGGAGCUGGGUAUCCCAUGGGUCCAUUUGAACUUCUUGACUACGUUGGACUGGAUACUACAAAGUUCAUCUUGGAUGGGUGGCACGAAAUGGAUUCGAAGAACCCCCUAUUUCAGCCCAGUCCUUCCCUGAAUAAUCUGGUGGCUGAGAAGAAACUGGGUAAGAAGACUGGAGAAGGCUUUUACAAAUACAAGUGAUACUCCCGAAGGGUUUCAGAGCACCCCCAGCCAGCCGUGGGACAGGGACGACUGUGUCCUGGGCAGCCGCUAUCAGGCUCGCCACAGGUGCUCAGCGGGCCCUCCCCUGCGGUUUCUCUGAAGUAAUUGUUACACAAGUUGCAGUAAUAACAGAUUCUACCACUGAGAACUAAUUUUCUGGUUUAGUCUGUUCUCUUUUGUGUAUUUUUCUAAAAAGCUUUAUGCCCUUGGUGCCUUAGAGCAAACGUUUUUUCUGAACCUGUUGUUUUUGUAAAGCAUUACCUAAAUUCAUUUACUCACAUCCUCUGAGGAUGAGUGCGCUGUGUUCAUCAGUGUUCCACCGAGGGGCCAGGAGCCAUCCUGCAUUCCUGGUGCAUCUAACAGGCUGCAACUGACAGCAGGUGAGUUCUGCCUCUCUGAGGAUGUUUGCUGUCUGCAGCUUCAAGUGUUAGUCCACAUUCUGGGAACGGCACAAGUUAUGUCUUCAUUGGACUCAUCAAGACAUGGCUCCCUUCCAACAAGAAUCUGUGUGCUUGGUUUGUAGGACGAGUCUGUCUUCAUGGUCAUUCAACUCUUAGUUCUCUCUCUCUCUCUCUCUCUCUCUCUCUCUCUCUCUCUCUCUCUCUCUCUGUUUCAUUUUUCAUGAGUAAUCAGUGCCACAAACUGCCUAUUGACUAAUAAAACACAAUCUUUUAAUCUGUGAAAAUUCAAAUGGAAAUAAACAUGUAUAACCUGAAA